AUAUAAAUAAAAUCUUUAUUUAUUAACUUAUGGGAAUUUCAAGGGAUAGUAGACAUAAAAGAAGACUCACAGGAGGUCGUAUGCCAAUUCAUAAAAAGAAGAGAGCUUUUGAGAAAGGAAGAUAAGCAGCAAUGACAAAAUUAGUGUCAGGAGAAAAGAGAGUUAGAAGAAUUAGAGUGAGAGGAGGAAACUUUAAAUUUAGAGCACUUCGUUUAUCUGAAGGAAAUAUAUCAUGGGGAAGUUAAGGAGUGGCUAAAAAAUCAAAAAUAGUUGAAGUUGUUUAUCAUCCAUCAAAUAAUGAAUUAGUGAGAACAAAAACAUUAACAAGAGGAGUAAUUGUUUAAGUUGAUGCAACACCAUUUAAAUAAUGGUAUGCUAAAAAAUAUAAUGUGGAAUUAGGAUAAAAAAAGAAGAAGGUAUUAAUUGAAAUUUUAUAUAGGAUGCACCAGUUGAAUAAACAAAAAAAUCUAAAAGUCUCAUUAAGAAACUUGAAUAAAGAACUAAAGAAAAUGUUAUUGAUUAAUUAGUCUAAGAAUAAUUUGCCAAUUAAAGAUUAUUGGUUAGAAUAACUUCAAGACCAGGUUAAUCAGGAAGAGCUGAUGGUUAUAUUCUAGAAGGAAAAGAAUUGGAAUUCUACAUAAAGAAAAUUGAAUAGAAGAAAAAAUGAUAUCAUAUUAGUACAUUAAUGUUGCACAUAAUUAUUAAUAUUCAUAUUAAAU